AUGGCGAGAAGGUCACUCAAGUCCUGGUGCAACUAUGAAGCAGUGGCCAAAGAAGAAGAUGACCCCUUCUUCUUCCCAACCCUCCUCUCCCCCGACUUCGGGUACUAUGUUAUGUCCUGUGGGAACGGAUGUGCGACACUGGAGUGGAACUAUUGCUUGCCCUUUGAUCAUCAAGAGAGCCUCUGGGAAGCUCCUCCUCUGAUCACGAGCUUCCCGCCCGAUCCUUUGUGCCCUCAAAUUUUCGAUUUUGAGCACAACCCGCACGAUGCUAUUCAAGGUCUUGAUAUUGAAGAUUAUUCUGCAAAUGGGACCGUGAUCUUCAAGGAGAUGGGUGCACAGAACGAGCCCAAGCAACGUGUUCUGUAUCUCCAUAACAGUGGCCAAGAAAAUGGGCACGGCGAAGCAGGUGGUGACGACAAGAGACUCACGAAAGGCAAGAGCUAUAGCUACGGCAACAGCAGAAUGCUGUCGAGGGAGCAGAUAUCACAGUACUUUUACAUGCCGAUAACUCGAGCGGCGAAGGAGCUCAACAUCGGGUUGACCCUCUUGAAGAAACGGUGUCGAGAGUUAGGCAUCCGCCGGUGGCCCCACCGGAAGUUGAUGAGCCUCCAAACUCUCAUCAAGAAUGUCCAGGAAAUGCGAGGAGGCGGCUCGGAGAACGAGGAGCAGCUUGGAAAGGUUGUGAAUUUGCUCGAGCUAGAGAAGAAGCUGAUGGAGGAAAUCCCGGACAUACAGCUAGAGGACAAGACAAAGAGGCUGAGACAAGCUUGUUUCAAAGCGAACUACAAGAAGAGGAAGCUGGUUGGACUGAUGGACUCAGGAAGCACUUCUUCCAGAAGCAGCGCGACCGCGGAAGAUGACGGCAUGAGCGCGGGUUUUGCGGAUGAGGAGGACGUGAGAUCUCUCUUGUUUGACGACUCUCCUUCAUGUAGUAGCACCAUAUGA